GAGGCACUGUUUCCACGCGAUCAGGGUUCCUCAGGCUUGACAUUCAAAAGUGGGUUGAAGGUGCGGAACCCGUGUUCCGAGGGUGCUUUAAAGCGGCCGCCAGCCAGCGCCGCUGUAACCCCGCGCACCGGCUGCUGGCCGGCUCCCGAACUGCAUCUGCGCCGACGCGACCGAGCGAUCCCGGGGCCUCCCCGCGCCAGGAAUCUCCCGCCAGCCGCGCGGGUCCCCACGGCAGGAGCACGUGGAGCGGGCGCGGAGCCUGAGCGACAGCUGUAGCCCGAGCGGCCCGCGGCGACAUGGAAGAUACACAGCCAAAUUCGGAGCUGAAAGGCGCCGAGGAGCAACCUCUGCCCACAGAAAGCCCGGAAGCCUUGAGUGACUACAGUUUAAGCAAACCUCAUGAAGCAGAAAAUGUGGACAGUACAGAAGCCCCUACCAAUGAAGAGGAAGAUACAGGAGAAGACUCGAUGAAAGUGAAGGAUGAAUACAGCGAAAGAGAUGAGAGCAUUCUGAAGCCGGAGCCCAUAGGAAAUGCAGACGAGAGUGAAAUUCCUUACAGCUAUGCAAGAGAAUAUAAUGAAUAUGAAAGCAUUAAGCUGGAGAGACACGUUCCGUACGACAGCGGCAGGCCGACCGGUGGGAAGAUGAACUGUGAUGUGUGCGGGUUAUCCUGUAUCAGCUUCAAUGUCUUGAUGGUUCACAAGCGAAGCCACACUGGUGAACGCCCGUUCCAGUGUAAUCAGUGCGGGGCAUCUUUUACUCAGAAAGGUAACCUCCUCCGCCACAUUAAGCUGCACACAGGGGAAAAACCUUUCAAGUGCCACCUCUGCAACUACGCAUGUCAAAGGAGAGAUGCGCUCACGGGACACCUGAGGACGCAUUCUGUGGAGAAACCCUACAAGUGUGAAUUCUGCGGAAGGAGCUACAAGCAGAGAAGUUCCCUGGAAGAGCACAAAGAGCGAUGCCGCACGUUUCUUCAGAAUUCCGACCUGGGGGAUGCCACAAGUGUGGAGGCAAGACACAUGAAAGCGGAGAUGGGAAGUGAAAGAGCGCUCGUUCUGGACAGAUUAGCAAGCAAUGUGGCAAAACGGAAAAGUUCAAUGCCUCAGAAAUUCAUUGGUGAGAAGCGCCACUGCUUUGAUAUCAGCUACAAUCCCAGCUACAUGUACGAGAAGGAGAGUGAGAUGAUGCAGACCCGAAUGAUGGACCAAGCCAUCAAUAAUGCCAUCAGCUAUCUUGGGGCUGAAGCUCUUCGCCCCUUAGUCCAAACUCCCCCUGCUCCCACCUCUGAGAUGGUCCCAGUCAUCAGCAGCAUGUACCCUACAGCACUCACCCGGGCCGAUGUGCCCAAUGGGGCCCCACAGGAGCUGGAGAAGAAAAGAAUCCUCUUGCCAGAGAAGAGCUUGCCUUCUGAACGAGGUCUGUCCCCCAAUAAUAGUGCCCACGACUCUACAGACACCGACAGCAACCACGAGGACCGCCAGAAUCAUGUCUACCAGCAGAGCCACAUGGUCCUUCCCCAGGCCCGCAAUGGGAUGCCCCUUCUGAAGGAGAUUCCCCGCUCCUUUGAACUCCUGAAGCCCCCUCCCAUCUGCCUGAGAGACUCCAUCAAAGUGAUCAGCAAAGAAGGGGAGGUGAUGGAUGUGUUUCGGUGUGACCACUGUCAUGUCCUCUUCCUAGAUUAUGUGAUGUUUACCAUCCACAUGGGGUGCCAUGGCUUCCGUGACCCUUUCGAGUGUAACAUGUGUGGAUACCGAAGCCACGAUCGCUACGAGUUCUCCUCUCACAUCGCCAGAGGAGAACACAGAGCCAUGUUGAAGUGAGCGUCAGUCUCUGAGCUCACACUCUGAUGAUAUAGCCUUACCCAGUAGACUGAACUCAAACCCACAGUCCUGCCCAGUUAUGUUAGCACUCAGUCAUAUUCUCACAAGCAGUCAGGGAAACGCUGUCUUCAUCCAGAAACUGUUCGCAGAGCCACCAUGUUACUUUGUGAAACCUUCCUUUCCCAUCAGUUGAAUUUGAUGGGGUUUAAAAGCCAAAAAAGUAUUUGGUUCAUUAUCUUUUGUAGCAAUAGACAGCCAUCCGCUGGAGCUUGUUGCCAACUGGAACAGUCCUCGGUGGGCUGCAGGAGACAUUCGCUGGGACAUAGCAGCCAUAUGUGGAAAAGUCUUUUGAUCCUAUGCCCAGAUCCACACAGUGGAAGAGCUGACCAGCUGCCCUUGCCCUUGGGCACUAGCACAAGCCAGAAGGGUUAGAACCUAAUCUCCUCCCUCCCUUCCCAGCCUAACAGUAAGAAAGAGACAGCCAUCAAGUUAAGUACCUCCUGCCAGUAAUGGAAGAGCCUAUUCUCAGAGCUUCAGUUCACGUCCUAUCACACAAGCAAAACUGAACAGAAGCCAUCUGAUGACCCUUCUGCUUCACCUGCCCAUCACCAGGGAAAACCUGAGGCCAGCUGUCUGGAAGGAAAUUCUACACCAGAGGAACUAAUGCUUUUAAAAACUGAGUGUCACUGACACCCAAGAGUCAUCCACUGAGGGGUGGUGGUAUCCUCUGACAGAUUGGCAGAGCAGGCCAGGGGCAUAGCUUAGUGGUACAGUGUUUGCCAAGUUCAACCCCCAGCACUGGGGCACAAAUGGGAAAGAGAGAAAAGGGGGGAAAAGAAAGAUUGGCAGAGUGUGUAGGAACACAUGGGUUGGUAGUCCUUGUCACCUUAGUGGAGUGCUGGUUGAAAACCCAAAGAACAUUUGAAAGUGAUUUCACACGUGCACAUGCACAGAGGACCCAGAAUGUACCGCUCAGCAUCCCUCACCCCACAGGAGUGAGAUCAGGGAUGGGAACCAUAGAUGUUCUGACCAGGGUGCUGCAAGGUCAGCUUAGACACGUGUGGCUUUAUUUAAAAAACAAAAAAACAAACAGGCUCUCCUGCUGCCUAGAUGGGCCUCAAGCUCACUGCCAGCUGCUCCGAUCCUUCUGCCUCAGUCUAUCAAGUGCUGGGGUUAGACAUGAUCACCACCAGCGUUUGGGGAUUUUGCUCUCUUAAAUUGGAACUGCCACACUCCAUGAGAGUCUUGGAAGUCUCGCUCAUUCUGUAGAUGGACCAGCCAGCUUUGUCACCACACACAAAGACACCAAGACAUCAAGGCGACCUGGGAUAGAGGUCACAAAACGAGUGUGCUAAGCUUGUAUCUGCUACUAAUUAGUGUGUGAUGUGCUUUUGUACAAAUCAUUUAACUCUAAAGGCUAAAUUUCCUCAACCAUAAAAUAAGAGUUGGAUUUAGACCUUCUUGAUGGUCCCUCACAGUUUUGAUACACGAUUAUUCAGUAACCACAGGUUAUUUUUAAACCUCCUGACGUGUGGGCAUCAGGCAGAAGGGACCGCACAUGGAAAUGGACUUCAUAUGUCUUUGGUGUGGAAAUGUAAGUGCAUUAAGUUUUUCCUUCAGCCACUGAGUCAUGAACAUGAGGAGAGCCUGAGGAGGGACAGAGAACAGGAAGGUGAUCUGGUCUUGCCAAAAUGUGCACACAAACUGGCAUCUACAGCUGCUUGCAAAGGAUCUUUUUUUCUUUCCUUUUUAAGAACUUGUGUUAGGGAAAAUAAGUUCUGCUUACAGGGACAGCUCCAUGGAGCCUAUUUACAAAUUAAGAGCUAGCUUUAUGAACAUCUCCGCCACAGCCAAGGAUCCCGAAUUCCUGGUAGAUUAGCAUUUCCUUCUAAAGGGCUUAUGGAUUGGGCUCUCACUCAACUCAUUUACUUAUGCAAUGCCAGUAAUUAAAAUGUUCCACCUCAGACACUCAAAUGGCUUAGCCUGCUUUGUAGCAUGGUGUUUGUCUCAGGGAAAUAGGGAAGAGGGUGGGCAUGAAAUUCCAUGGCAACAGCUCUGUGUGCUUGAGGCUUCAGCCAAAGGGCCGGGCGUCUUCAGCACACCACUGCAUCUCAGCAGAGUUGGAUCUGAGCUUUGCCACAUUGUCUGUGCCCAUUGUGAAAGAGGAUCUGCCUAUUCUAUGCUUGAGAUAGCUCACAUCCUGUUGACUUGGUGGGGGUAGGGGGCACAACGGGAGGGAGGGAGUUGGAAAG